GCAGUGGGCGGAGCUCGUACCUGAAGGGGGGGGUCUCGACGUCCGUGGGGCGGGGAGGGAAGAGAGGGCGUGGCUCCACCGGACGGAGGGGGCGUGACGAUGGGGAGUGGGCGGGGCGAUGAGGCGGGGCGGAAGUGCGCCCGUGCAGGCCGGAAGCUGGCGGAGGUGGUUCCGGUGUCGGCGGCGAUGAGCUUCGCGUGGCCCUGGCAGUACAGCUUUCCGCCCUUCUUCACGCUGCAGCCCAACGGCGAGACGCGGCAGAAGCAGCUGGCGGCCUGGUGCGCCCUGGCGCUCGCCUACAGCCGGCGCCAGCGUCUGCCCGCCAUGACGCUGCGCGAGGCCCAGGACAGCCCGCUGUUCGCCAACCGCCGUCUGCAGAAAAGCUGCCGCCCGAGGCCAUCCAGGUGGUGCUGGAGGAGCUGCGCAAGAACGGUGGGUGGCGCCGUUCUCUGCCGUGGCCGCCCCGGGAACCUGGAGUGGUUAGACAAGAACAAAACCAGUUUUAUGAUAAUGUGGAGAAGACCCGAGGAAUGGGGGAAGCUCAUCUAUCAGUGGGUGUCAAAGAAUGGCUUGACCAACUCUGUGUUCACACUGUAUGAGUUGAUCAGUGGAGAUGAUACAGCAAAUGAAGAGUUCCAUGGUUUGGAUGAGGCUAUGCUACUUCGUGCCCUGCAAGCCUUGCAGCAAGAGCACAAGGCUGAAAUCAUCACGCUGGACGACGGCCGAGGCGUCAAGUUCUUCUGAUGGAAGCCCCCUCCCUGCCUCUCUUUGGCUGCUGAAACGUUUCUGGCUGUGAAGAUUCCAACUCCUGGCCUGGUUUCAAGCAGUGGCGCAAGCAGCUGUGUACUCAGAACGUCCUGGGGUGCAGAAAAUCUGUAAAGCCUUCCAAAGACAUGACUUCUUGUCCUGUUGCUCUUUCCCUGUUCCUGUGAAUGCAGCGGAUGGGUGCUCUGGUGACUGGUCAGGCACAGCCGCCAAGGGGCUCUCCUCCCACCUUCCAGCUGCGUGCCUGGGCUCUGCAGCCCUCACCAUGUGGCUGAGUGAGGUGAAGGCAAACAUACUGAACACGUUGUUGCUGCUGUGGCAUAAAAGACCUUUCUGAAAGCUGAUACACUCUUGCUGCAAAGCAGGCUGUUCUGUGUGGUGGGGUGGAUUUCAAGGAGCUAAUCUGAAGUAAUUAAAAUGAGAUGUAUUUAUAGAGCA